AUGAGUUUUGGAAUUAUUUACUACACGUUCGUCCUCCUCUUCGCCGGUUUAACAUAUGCUAGCUUUGAGGGCAGGCUACCUAAGAUACAUAGACUGCAGCACUUGACAGUCUUUGGCUUUUCCUUGAUUUCAGAAUGGCCAUUACCUGUCAUAGGGCUUAAGAUUGCACUCAUUAUUUUCGCCUCAAUGCUCGGAGUAUUCAAGGGUAUCGUUCCCCAAAUAUUUUACAUAAUUGACCUUCUUACCAUGAUUGGACUUGUAGUUAUUUUUGUUGAUGCCUAUGAAGCAAGACGCGCUAUUGAGCAAGCGAUUCAAUUGUAUUCAGGAAGUAAAGAACUGCCAACAUUCAAGAGUGAGACAUUCUGGCAACGCAUGGUCAACCCCCGUUUUAUUCCACAGGAUGUAGUUUAUUAUUCUAACAUAAGUUAUGCUACUCAUGAAGAAGCAAAUAGUGCCAACAAAGUUGCUUUUGAACAGGUCAACUUCAUGUCAUUAGAUGUAUACGCUCGCAAACAGCCAUCUGAUGUAAAGCCCGUACUGUUGUUCAUCCAUGGUGGUGAAUGGAUUAGAGGAGAUAAAGGUGCUCCAUAUCCUCUGAUACGUCACAUGGCUGAAAGCGGUUGGGUUGUGGUAUCUACGAAUUACAGACUUGCACCUACCUCCAAAUAUCCUAAUCAAUUGAUCGACGUAAAGAGAGCGUUGCGAUGGAUAAAAACUCACAUUGCCGCAUUCGGUGGUGAUCCACAAUUUAUUGCCGUGGCCGGGGAUGAUGCUGGUGGACAAAUUGCUGCUGCGAUGGCUUUCACACAAAAUGAUCCGAAAUACCAACCCAAUUUCGAGAAAACUGACACUUCGGUAAAAGCGUGUGUUUUAAUCAACGCUAUUACAGAUCUCCUGGACGAGAAUAAAUUUUGGGACAUGAAUAUCGGCGAGGAUUUUUGUCAGAAUGUCGCCGGAUUGAAAGUAAAGGAUGAAUCAUUCUUGAAAGAGCAUUCACCGUUACACCUUAUUAAAAAGGAUUCGGUUCCGUUUUUGGUAUUCCACGGAGAUCGAGACACUUUCGUUCCAUUUAAAGCAUCCGGUCACUUUGUUGAAGAAUUUAAGAAAGUGUCUAAAUCCGAAAUCCAGUUUAUUCCUAUUCCGGGUGGUCAUCAUGUGUAUCAUCUUUUUUCAUCUCCUCGGUCACAUUAUCAAGCAAUCGGCGUCGAAGAAUGGCUGAAUCAUAUCCGCCAUGAUAUGAUGGCGGACAAUGACAAAAGUGCCGAGUGA